CAGGGACCGCCAGGGCCUCCUGGACCACCAGGUACCCCAGGUCUUGAUGGAGCUAGUGGCCUACCGGGAAAACCAGGGGAGCCUGGCAAACCAGGAAAAGACCCAAGGCUCUUACCUGGACUAAAGGGGGAGCCAGGUGUUCCAGGACAAAAGGGUGACCGAGGUGAUAUCGGCCCUGCAGGUCCCGAAGGCUCAAAGGGAGAUAAAGGAGAAGAAGGAAUAAAGGGUGAAUCGGGUUUCCCGGGUGCCCCAGGGUUAAAGGGCCAGGCUGGAAUCCCUGGUGCUCCUGGUAUUCCUGGCAUUCCUGGCAAGAGGGGCUUUCGGGGGGAGAAAGGAGAAGCAGGAAUGGCUGCCAAAGGAAUCAACGGAGAGCCUGGUUCACCAGGACUGCCAGGCCUAAAGGGGUCCAAGGGUGAAAAAGGAGAUCAGGGAGAUUUAGGUCUUGAAGGGCCAGCUGGACCAAGAGGUCCUUCAGGCCCAACUGGGGAGCCAGGAAGAGCUGACAUCCUAAACAAUGAAAAUGAUAUUCGCAACAUACGGCUGAUGGGUCCCCCUGGAUUACCUGGGCCUCCAGGACCCCCUGGAGUCCCUGGUUCAAAGGGGGAAGUUGGUCUACCAGGCCCUCCAGGACUGGAUGGAGAAAAGGGACCUAGAGGAAAACCUGGAGAACUUGGUCCUCCAGGUCCAGCCGGUCCAGAAGGUACCAGAGGAGAGAGUGGUGUCAUGGGCUACCCAGGACCCAAAGGAGAUAAAGGAGACAUGGGUCCAUCUGGAUCACCUGGUUUAGAUGGCCCUACGGGUGAAAAGGGGGCUAAAGGGUCCCCUGGUCAAAUUGGAUUACCUGGCACAAUGGGUCCUAAAGGUGAACCGGGGGAUGGAGGACGGUCAGAAACGAUGUACGGUCCUCCUGGGCCCCCAGGACCUUCUGGACCUGUUGGCCCUGCAGGGCCUCAAGGAUCUUCAGGGCCUAAGGGUGAGCCAGGAAUGGCUACGAAAGGAGAAAAGGGAGACAUAGGUCAGAAAGGUGAAAAGGGAGACAGAGGCCAUCUUGGACUGCCUGGGGCUCAUGGGUUAGACGGCAGACCUGGUCCAGUGGGUCUAAUCGGACCAGCAGGUGUGCCAGGGCCUGCCGGACCAAAGGGAGAGAGAGGUGAAAAGGGAGAGUCGGGAUUACCAGGACCAAUUGGGCAACAAGGCAUCCCCGGUUUAGUAGGACCACAAGGACUCAAAGGAAAUCGGGGAGAGAGGGGCAAGAAAGGAAACAGGGGGGCCAAAGGGGAUAAAGGAGACCAAGGAGCACCUGGAUUAGAUGCCCCCUGUCCAUUGGUAUGUCAGUAG